CGAUUUUGGCGGCUGCGUUGAGUUUGUUUUAGGCGGCUAGACUGGGCUCACAACCUUUGCAGCCAUAGAUGAAAAUCUUGCAAUUCUAAGUGAAAAAAUUUAAGUUUUUUAAAUCUAUUCUUAUUACAAUGAGUAAUUCAAUUGAUUUUAGUAAGUAUAAACUGUCAGAUGAGAAAACUCCAAUCAAUGAGCAACUGACAGCGCAUUAUAAAAGGUCAUAUGCGUUUUACACAAUAGCAACAAGAGUACCUAUCAUAAUCACCAACAUUAUCGAUCAAUUAACAAGAGACAAAGAGAAAAUCAUUCAACGUUACGGAGAGCAUUGUCGAGACGAGUUGAAACAAUGCAUUGGAGAAAUCUCGAAACUAAAAUAUGAGCUUCAAACUGAUAAAAAAAUGACGGAGAUUCCCGGUGAUGAGAGUGACCAAUAUGAAUGGAAUCGUUUACUCAAAGAGAUCGAACCCAACAAUAGCUACUUUUCAUCUGUCUGGCUCUAUGCUGAAUGUUAUGUUUAUCGUCGUCUCAAAUCAAUUUUCGAUGAAACAAUUUCAUUCGGGAAUUUUGACUAUUUUGAAGUCUCAAAGAAAUUGGAAUUGAGUCAUUCGAUGGCAAAUAUUGCUCGUGUCCUAAAAUCUGUGAAUGAUUUCAAUAACACUAACUCUGGUCAUGAGAAACUCGGUAAUUUCUUUCGAAAACUACUCAAGGUCAACUUAUGGGGCAAUCGCAACGACCUUAGCAUCACCUUGGGCCAAGAAAUUGAGGUCUCUGAUAUUGAUCCGCUCGCAGAUAUAGAAGAAUACAACAAAGAACUGUUGGUUGAUCAAACAAUUGAUAUUUGGAAUUGCAUAAAGAUUGAAAGAAAUGACGAGAAAAUUGUUUCGUUCAUUAAUGACAAUGCUGGUUACGAGCUGCUUUGUGACCUUGUUCUAGCUGAUUUUAUUAUUCAUCAUAAGCUUGCAAAGAAGAUUCGUUUCUAUGUGAAAUCAAUCCCUUGGUUUAUUUCCGACGUUCUUCCAACUGAUUUUAGAUAUACACUCGAUGAACUUAGGAAACACGACAAGGAAGUUCUUAGAGAAGCUGGAAGCAGAUGGGAAAGUUAUCUUCGUGAAGGAAUCUUUGAACUUAUCGAACCAGCUCAUAUGUUCUUUACAUCGCCUUUUGAGUACUACAAGAUGGAAAAAAUUGCACCUGAACUGUAUCACAAUAUUGCUGAAGCUCAUCUUGUCAUCUUCAAAGGUGACCUUAAUUACAGAAAGCUAUUAGCUGAUACAAAUUGGGAUACAACCACCGAAUUUCGAACAUCGCUUUCUGGCUUUGAACCAACCAAUUUAUGUGCUUUACGUACAAUCAAAGCCGAUCUUAUCUCAGGCUUACAACCUGGAGUAGCUGACAGACUUUGGGAAGAAGAAGGAUCGAAAUGGAUGAGUACAGGAAAGUACGGAGUCAUUCAAUUCAUUCACAAACGAGUCUUCACACAAUAA